UCACCAACACGUGUCACCAUUUCCUUCACCUCCUCUCCCUACAUAAAGGUCGAUCCAUCGUCACCCACUCAGUUCUAAUGAUCUUUCUGCAGCCUGACGACAACUCAAGGAGUUCCUAGAGAGAGCGACACAGAGAGGGAGUACCUACAGAAAUGGCGUCGGAGCAGGAGAGACAAGAACUCGACCGCCGUGCGAGGGAGGGGGAGACGGUGGUUCCUGGCGGCACCGGCGGCAAGAGCCUCGAGGCUCAGGAGCACCUCGCUGAAGGGAGGAGCAAAGGAGGGCAAAAAGGAGGGCAGACGAGGAAAGAGCAGAUAGGGAAAGAAGGGUAUCAGGAGAUGGGCCGCAAGGGCGGGCUCAGCACCACCGAGGAGUCCGGUGGAGAGCGCGCCGUCCGCGAGGGCAUCGAGAUCGACGAGUCCAAGUUCAGGACCGGGAGCUGAAUCAAAUAUCUGCUUCUGCACUUAGCUACAUCGUCCUUUUUUUGGGGUAGCAUAUAAUCACCAGCAUCUGUGUUGUAUCGUAUGUUGUGAGAAGUUUUGGUGCUGGUGCGGUGUGUGUAUAACUAGCAGGUGUCUGUAGUGCGUGUACUGUUAGGUAUAUAGGUGCUGACUGCACGGCAUUUUGAUCUUGGCAUGUAAUCUUACUUCGGGAAAGAAUAUAAAGAUACUUUCCUGCGGGGACACGAUGAGGCUCCCGCAGGUAAGUGUUUCGACAUCCAUGA